AAUUUACACUCUCCGCUGACGGCCACGCUGCCAACCCAACCAAACCAAUCCAAGCCAAAGACCAAACCUGAACCAAAAAGCUCUGAGAACUUACGCUCUCCAUCGAGCCAAAAACCAAAAAGCUCUAAGCGAUCGCAAAGGAAAAACAAGAAGGAGAACAAGGAGGAGAAGAAAAGGAGGAAGAAGAAGAGGAAGAGGCGCCUUACUUACCCCCUAAAGGAGUCCAUUGGAGGUCUCCUUGUCCGGCGAUGCGCUUUUCCCGGCCAACGCACCAAAUGUAAGGGUCCCGCGAAACGUCGGAGAAAGAGACCACCAAGUGACCACUCAUGCAAUUGGCAGAAGGGGGAUUUAUUGAACCAGCAUGCUGGGGCUCCGUGCCCACUCAAGAAGGGAAAGCAGCCCAGAGCCUGGUGAUACAAUUUUAAUAUUUCAAAACGAAAGACUCCUUAUUAUAGAUAGUUUGUUGGGAUAUUUGCUCUGGACAUGAGACAAGGAGAGAUUACUGGUGUUUUGAAGCUCCACCCCUUACCUCCCCUCCCCAUCCCAUUCUGUCACUGAGCCAGGGACAACCCUGGAGAGUCAGGGACAACCCAGGAAGUUCUGUGAGCGUUCAUUGUUUAGUGUUUCUUCCAACUGUGACUGCCGUUUUGAAGACAUACAUGGAAAAUACUCAUCAGAAAAAAACCCUCUUGGGGCAGCGGCAGAAUUUGCCAUGUAUUGCACCACUGCUGACCACGGUGGAGGAGACUGUGCAGAUCAUCUCUGCUCAAGUCAAGGGACACAUUCCUGAGUGGCUCCAUGGCUAUCUACUUCGGGUUGGACCUGGAAAAUUCGAAUUUGGGAAGGAUAAGUACAGUCACUGGUUUGAUGGAAUGGCUUUGCUUCAUCAGUUCAGGAUGGAGAAAGGCACAGUGACAUACAGGAGCAAGUUUCUACAGAGUGAUACAUAUAAGACCAACAGUGUUGGAAAUCGAAUUGUGAUCUCAGAAUUUGGCACACUGGCUUUUCCUGAUCCAUGCAAAAAUAUUUUUGAACGUUUCUUGUCAAAGUUUGAACGGCCUGCCAUGACAGACAACACCAAUGUCAACUAUGUGCAGUACAAGGGUGAUUACUACAUGAGCACUGAGACCAAUUUUAUGAAUAAAGUGGACAUUGAAACUCUGGAAAAAAUAGAAAAGGUGGAUUGGAGCAAAUUUAUUGCUGUAAAUGGAGCAACUGCACAUCCUCAUUAUGAUCCGGAUGGAACAGCAUACAAUAUGGGGAAUUCCUAUGGACCACAAGGUUCCUGCUAUAAUAUUAUUCGGGUUCCUCCAGAGAAGGUGGACCUUGGGGAAACAAUACAUGGAGCCCAGGUGAUAUGUUCUAUUUCUUCUGAAGAGAAAAUGAAACCUUCUUACUACCACAGCUUUGGAAUGACAAAGAACUAUAUAAUCUUCAUCGAACAGCCUCUAAAGAUGAACCUGUGGAAAAUUGUCACUUCUAAAAUUCGAGGAAAGGCCUUUUCAGAUGGGAUAAGCUGGGAACCUCAGUAUAAUACCCGAUUUUAUGUGGUGGAUAAACACACUGGACAGCUUCUUCCAGGGAUGUACUACAGCAAACCUUUUAUUACUUUUCAUCAAAUCAAUGCCUUUGAGGAUGAGGGCUGUAUUAUAAUUGAUAUGUGCUGUCAAGAUAAUGGAAGAAACCUAGAUAUUUACCAACUACAGAAUCUCAGGAAAUCUGGGGAAGGGCUCGAUCAGGUCUAUAAUUCGGUAGCCCUAUCUUUCCCUCGAAGGUUUGUGUUGCCCUUACAUAUCAGUGAGAAUGACCCUGCAGGAGAGAACCUCAGUCCAUUGUCCUAUUCUUCAGCCAGUGCUGUGAAACAGAGUGAUGGGAAGAUCUGGUGCUCUCAUGAAAAUCUACAUCAUGAGGACCUAGAGGAAGAAGGAGGCAUUGAAUUUCCUCAGAUCAACUAUGGCCAGUUCAGUGGCAAAAAGUAUAAUUUCUUCUAUGGCUGUGGCUUUCGGCAUUUGGUGGGGGAUUCUCUGAUGAAGGUUGAUGUGGUAAACAAGUCACUGAAGGUUUGGAGAGAAGAUGGCUUUUAUCCCUCAGAACCUAUUUUUGUUCCAGUACCAGGAGCUAAAGAAGAAGAUGAUGGAGUUAUUCUUUCUGUGGUGAUCACUCCCAAGCAGAAUGAAAACAAUUUUCUCCUUGUCUUGGAUGCCAGGAACUUUGAAGAACUAGGCCGAGCAGAGGUACCUGUGCAAAUGCCUUAUGGGUUCCACGGCACAUUUGUACCUAUCUGAUGGGAUAACUUCAAGGUCUGGGAACUAGAUUUAAAGUGAAUGUACUCUGUGGAAAAGAGAGAAGAAGGCAUCUUACUUCCCAAACCACAGACUUUGGUUUUAAGUUUCCUAUUAAAAACAGAAUUUGUAAGAAAAUUAUGGUUUUAUAUUUUCUUAGGGAUUGUCCUUGAAAUCAUUAAGCAAGGGUAAUAUAGCCUUUUGAGAAGAGUUUUAAAUAUACAUUUAUUGGAUAUAUUUCCCUCUAGCUAAUAAUAAGAAUACAUGAAAGAAAACUAAAAUGGAGUCCUUGCCACCAUCAGAUAGGUGGAUGAGGUAUGUUCAGUAGUACAUUAUAAAAGUCAUUGUAAAGGCUAUCUAUGCUAAGCCCAAGGCCAACAUUAUUCUAAAUGGAAAAAAAAUUGAAAGCAUUCCCUCUAAAAACUGGAACAAGAUAUGGAUGCCCUCUUUUACCACUUCUAUUCAACAUAGUCCUUGAAACUCUAGCAGAACAAUUAGAUGAAAGAAAUUGAAGGAUUAUGAAUAGGAAAAAAAGAACUCAAACUAUCACUAUUUGCCAAUGACAUGGUUCUAUAUUUAGAAGAUCCAAAAAAUUCGACCAGAAAACUUCUAGAACUAAUAAAUGAAUUCAGCAAAGUAGCAGGAUAGAAAAUCAGUACCGAUAAAUCAAAUGCAUUUCUAUACAUCAGUGAUGAAUCAACUGAAAGAGAAAUUGGGAAAACUACCCCAUUCACAAUAGCCUCAAAAAAUACUUGGGGAUUAUUCUAACAAAAGAGGUGAAAGACCUCUACAAUGAAAACUACAGAACACUAACGAAAAAUUGAAGAACUUAGAAGAUGGAAAGGUCUCCUAUGUUCUUGAACAGGCAUAAUUAAUAUUGUCAAAAUGGCCAUACCACCAAAAGAGCUACACAGAUUUAGUGCAAUUCCUAUGAAAGUUCUGAUGACAUUCUUCCUUUUUUUCUAAAAUUUUAGUUGUAGAUGGACACAAUACCUUUAUUUUAUUUAUUUAUGUGGUGGUGAGGAUUGAACCCAGUGCCCAUGCAUGAAAGGCAAGCGCUCUACCACAGAGCUACAACCCCACCCAUGAUAACAUUCUUCUUAGAAAUAGAAAAAAUAGUCAUGAAAUUCCUUUAGAAAAAUAAGAGGCCCAGAAUAGCCAAAGCAAUCCUCAGGAAGAAUAAUAAAGCAGGAGGCAUCACAAUACCAGAGCUUAAACUAUACUACAGAGCAAUAGUAACAAAAAUGGCCUGGUAUUGGCACUAAAAUAGACAUGUAGACCAAUGGUACAGAAUAGAAUACACAGAGACAAAUCCACAUAAAUAUGGUUUUCUCAAACUAGGCCAAAAUGCCAAAAACAUACAUUGGAGAAAAAUAGCCUCUUCAAUAAAUGGUGCUAGGAAAAUUGGAAAUGCACAUAUAGCAAAAUGAAAUUAAAACUCUGUCUCUCACCCUGCACAAAACUCAAAGUGGAUCAAAGACUAUGACACUAGAACAGAGACCCUGCCCUAACAGAAGAAAAAGUAGGCCCAAAUCUUUAUCCUUAACAAGAGUCCUUAAAGUUCAAAAAGUAAAAUCAAGAAUCAAUUCCUGGGGAUUGCGGUUGUGGCUCAGCAGUAGAGCACUCGCCUAGCACGUGCAAGGACCUAGGUUUGAUCCUCAGCACCACAUAAAAAUAAAUAAAGGUACUAUGUACAACUAAAAAAUAAAUAUUUUUUUAAAAAAAGAAUCAAUUACUGGGAUGGAUUCAAACUAAAAAGCUUCUUCUCAGCAAAGGAAAUAAUCAAUAAUGUGAAGAGAGAGCCUACAAAAUUAGAAAAAAUCUUUACCACAUGCAUCUCAGAUGGAGCAUCAAUCUCCAAGAUAUAUAAAGAACUCAGAAAAUUUAACAACAAUAAAAACCAAAUAACCCAAUGAAUAAAUGGGCUAAGGAACUAAAUAGAUACUUCACAGAAGAAGAAAUAAAAUUGAUCAACAAAUAAAAAAUGAAAAAAUGUUCAACAUCUCUAGAAAUUAGAGAAAUGCAAAUCAAAACUACUCUAAGAUUUCAUCUCCAGUCAGAAUGACAAUUAUCAAGAAUACAAGCAAUAAUGUGGUUGUGCAACCACCCUGGAAAGCAGUAUGAAGAUUCCUUGGAAAACUUGGAAUGGAACCACCAUUUGACCCAGUCCUAGGUUUAUAUCCAAAGCUCUUAAAAUCAGCAUACUACAGUGACACAACCACAUCAAUGUUUAUAGCAGCUCAAUUCACAAUAGCUAAGCUAUGGAACCAACCUAGGUGCCUUCAACAGACGAAUGGAUAAAGAAAAUGUGGUACAUAUACACAAUGGAAUAUUACUCAGUCUUAAAGAAGAAUGAUAUUAUGGCAUUUGCAGGUAAACGGAUGGAGUUGGAGAAUAUCAUGCUAAGCGAAAUAAGCUAACAUUUCCAAACCAAGGCUGAAUGUUUUCUCUGAUAAGUGGUUGCUGAUUCAUAAUUGGGGGGUGGUGGUGGUAGGGAAGAAUGGAGGAACUUUGGAUUGGGCAGAAUAGGGUGAGGGGAGGGGAGGAGGUAUGGGGGUAGGAAUGAUAGUAGAAUUAAUUGGACAUUAUUAAGGUAUAUGUGUAUAUGAUUACAUCAUCUUUGUAAUUCUACAUCAUGUACAACCAUAAGAGUGAGAAGUUAUACUCCAUUUAUGUAUGAUGUAUCAAAAUGCAUUCCACUGUCAUGUAUAACUACUUAGAAAAAAUAAAAAUUAAAAAAAUAUAGGUGGAUGACAGAGGUCCUGUGAGAAUUAUAAGUGAUCAUAGAUAGUAGGCUUAGAUCCAGAUCUGAAAAGCACCUUGUUCUCUCCAUCACAACCAGCCUGUUAUCAUUGUCUAAGGUAUGGAUAGCAGGAAGCUAGCCCAUUCAUGCUUGGAGGCCUUCUCUAAACUGGCUCUUUCUCUGCUGUCCACUGCAGAUGCUACUGUAAUUGUUGACCCUCCUGCAGACUACCUUCUCUCAUCCCCACCUUUUCCCAGCUCAGCCUUUGGAGGUGGUUGUUAUGACUAAAAUCAGUCAUUUCUUCUAAUCUCCAGGUAAUAGUUCUUAGAGAUGGAUGAAAAGCCAGUAGUUCUUUAUUUAGUUGGGCAACAGGUGGCACUAGAGACCAUAUAAUCUCCACAUUUCUAAACCCCAGCAGUUUUUACCAGAAGCCUUAAGGAGCAGAGUAAACCACACUCUUGCCAACACCCUCAAAACCCCUAGUUUUAUUUCCCUUCAGCUACACCCCCUUCCCCUGGGUGAACCCCAAUCUUGGGCUAGAUAAACUGUCCAGGCUCUGUCUACAUAUUGAUUGUUGUUGAAGAAGGCUGCCAAACAUGUAAUUUGGGGGCACCUAUGAACUCCUAGUUAGGUUUUCUGUAUAGUCCUGGACCAACAUAAUUGGUUUCCUCUUUAAUUUUUCUUAAGAGUUAUUUCAAACUUCACAAACCCUGAGCUCUUUAGUGAAGCAUUCAAAGCAUAUAAAUGUCUUGUGUGGGGCGUUUGUAUUGUGACAACAAGUAAAAGGGCCAAGAACCAUGUCUGGUUUUGUGAGAUGCAAAACACAAAAGCAUCUAUAGAAUGGCAAGAAGGGGUUAACAGAACCAAUGUAGCAGAUGAGGAAGCGAAGAGCCCAAGGCAGUCAUGAAGCAUAAGUUCUGAUAAGUUCACAGAAGUCCCUGAAAAGGCAUUCAUUGUACUUUCUCAGACAAAUUAGGGAAGUUUAAUCUAUCAGCUAGACAUGGGGGGUAAAGAUGACUCUGGUUGACCUCUGGGAAGCAUACAGAUCUGAUGUCAUCAUUCCUCUGUUUUAUAUUUCUUACUCCAUUCGUAUACAGGGAGUGAUGUUCAAAUAUACAAACGCUGGCAGUAUACUCAUAAGAUUUUUGACUCAAGGAUGCCUGAGUUUUGCCUUGGCCCUGCCAAGGUUCCUGAAGAAGACACACACACAAAACAAAACAAAACAAAACAAAACAAAAAAAAACCCAAAUCACACACACACACACACAUACACACACACAAAAGAAAAAGAUAAAAAAGAUCAAUGGCAUUGUAUAAUCUAAGCACUGUGCCUGGUAAUACAAUGCAGAAAGUUCCAGUAAAUUGAGCAUAUAACUAAGGUGCAGCACAGAGGUAGGGCCUCUUCCCUAGCCCAUCAAUAACUAGCCAGGUUCCAGAGACUCAAAGAAAGGGAGUAUAUAGUGUAUGAGUGAGGGGAAAAGAAGAGAGAUGAUCAAUGCCUGGGUUAGAAGAAAUAUGAAUGCCAAUGAUAGCAGGCUUAGAAUCUAGACCUGAAAAGCAGCACACAGGGGCAAGAAGCAGAAGAGAAGGUGAAUUAGAUGGCCAGGACUACAAGAGGUGAGGAGUUUGGGCCCAGUCCCCCCUCCCCACGGGAACAUAGUUCCAGACCAUAAGCCACAGCCAUCUUUGGUACUUUCACACAUUCUUACCUUGCCUGUGAGUAAAGAAGGCUCAGGAAAUGUACCUGGAAAUGAUUCAAGAAAUGAAAAUUCCCUUUUAUUGGAGAGAAAUGAGGAAGGAGAUAGUAGGCGGGUGGAGCUUUCUUUCCUUUUUACUUAAAGAGGGACAUUCACAGCCCUUCAAUAAUUUGGUCUCCAAUGUUUACAAUAUCAUCUCUCACCCAGUCCCUAUUGUAACCAAUAACUUGUCAAUAGGCACUAAAUGAGCUACAUUUAUGUGGAAAUUUUCCACAUUUCCCUUGUUCUUGCCAUCUUCUUCCUACAAUUGUUACUUAUCCAUCUGGUAAAGUCCUUUAAAAAUCCAGUUCAGCUUCUCUCUGAAGCCUUCCUUUACCUUCUGAGACAGAACUAGUCUUUUUUAGUUUGUCAUGAUAUUAUUUCUUUUUCACUCGUCCACUAACUGAACUUUAUGUUCAUUAUUCAUCAUUAUGUUAUUCUGGCAUAAGUGUCUGACAUUAGGAUGUUGAGUAAACAUUUUUUUAACUUAUUGAGUGAAUAAGGGCUGGAGGGUGAUGGCUAUGGGGGUUACAAGCUAAUAUGUGUCCAUUUCACUAUCUUAUGGGUCCUCUUAAUAGGAGCUGAUAGGAGCUGCCUCUGAGUAAAGAAACCUGAGAAAAGGAACCAAGCACAGAGCUAGUAGAUCUUGUGUGAGUGAAGCAGGAAUUAUAGCUGAAAGAUGCAAGUGUGACAUUAAGGUUGGUUUGUUCCUUCCAAGGGCUGUGAGGGAAGGAUUUGUUUUCAGGCCUCUCUCCUUGAUUUGUAAAUGGCAUUGUCCCUGUACUUGACAUGGCAUUCCCUGUAUAUGAUUUCUGUCUCUGUGUAAAAUUUUCCCUUUUUAUUAUUAACUUAUUUUAUUGAGAUGGGGUCUUACUAUGUUAUUUACUUAUUUUUAUUGUUUGGGCUGGCCCCUAACUCUGAGACUCAAGCCAUUCUUAUGUGUCAGCUUCCUGAGUAGCUGGGACUACAAGUAUGUACUAAUUACCACACUUGACUAUUUUCCCUUUUUAUAAGGUUAUCCACUCGUCAUCUUCAAUUGGGGCCCACACUAAUGACUGCAUCUCACCUAAUUACAUCUGCAAAAACCUUCCCAACCUAUAUUCAGAGGGUCUAUGGGUUAGAACUUAAAUUUAUGAUUUUGGGAGGAGUUUCAAUACAACUUUAACUGGACUAUUGAAGGUGAAUUUGGUGAAUACCUUUGUGUAGAAUUAGCUUGAACAAAUUAGAGGAAAGACUGCAAAUGCAAUGAAAUAUUUUACUAAAACGUGUAAUUAAAACAAUUUCUCAUAA